AUGGGUACUUGUCAAACUAAUUGUUGUAAUAAAGAAGUUGAAUAUAGUUUAAAAACUCAUCAAAUAAGUGAAAGUAAUGUUGAUUAAGGUAAUCCUUAAUUGGAAGAUUCUAAAAUUAAACACUCAAAUGAUUCUAAUCAAAAGGAAAGAGAUAAAUUUGAUGAAGAUCGUAUAAAUGAAGAAUAAAUAUUAAAUAAGAAUAAAGAUAAAACUAGUAAAAAUAAUUAAAAGAAUGACUAAACAAAAUCAAUAAAAAAAGAAAUAGUUUAUAAAAUUAAAGAACCUCCAACAUCUAAUCCAAAUUUAAAAUAAAAUGAAUAAUAGAAUUAAGCAGAUAAAUCUGAAAAGUAAGAAAAAUCAAGUAAGAACUCUGUUUUUUAGUAGAAGAAUUAGAAAUUGUAAUAUAAUUAAAGAGUUUAGAAUUCAGAUUAAAUUGAGACUAAUAGUGAGAUUAGAAUAAAAUUGGGAGCUAAGACACUAGAAAAAGGGGCAGUUUAUGAAGGAGAAUGGUUAAAAGGUAAACGGGAUGGAUUUGGUAAGUAGGUUUGGCCUGAUGGAUCAAUAUAUGAAGGAGAAUGGAUAGAAGAUAGAUGUUGUGGAAAGGGAAAACUUAUACAUGGAGAUGGAGAUAUUUAUGAAGGAGAUUGGUUAGAAGAUAAAGCUCAUGGAAUAGGAAUAUAUAAACAUGUAAAUGGUGCUACAUAUGAUGGAUAAGUAUAAAAUAUAAAAAUAAAUUUAGUGGUUUAAUGACAAAUAGUAAGGUAAGGGAAUUGAAAAAUGGCCAGAUGGAGCACAUUAUGAAGGAGAGUAUUAUGAAGGUAGAAAGGAAGGACAUGGAAUUCUUUAUUUUGUAGAUAAAUCAAAAUAUACAGGGUUUUUUGUUAAUAAUGAAAUACAUGGUUAUGGAGUUUAUGAAUGGUCAGAUGGAAGAGUUUAUAAGGGGAAUUGGAAAUAAAAUAAAAUGAAUGGAGAGGGAGAAAUUAAAUGGAAUGAUGGUCGAUAAUUUAUUGGAGUAUUGUUGUUAUCCAUAAAAGAAUUAUUAAGAAGAUUUGAAACAUGGAAGAGGAUAAUUUAUAUGGCCAGAUGGUAGAAAAUAUAUUGGUAAUUGGAUAUUUGGUAAACAAGAAGGUUAUGGUGCUUAUUAUUUACCUAAUUAGGUUGUUUAAUAUGGAAUCUGGUAAAAUGGAUAUAGAACUUAAUGGCUAUAAAAUGAAGAGGUAGAUUAAUUA